GCAUUGCUUUUUUUAUUGUCUCAAUCCCCGUACACACGGUUUUCCCUAAAUUGGCUUCAGUGUAGAUAAGAGGCGCGACCCACACACGCUGAUCCUACUCGGCCAUGGCUUCUUCCUUUUCCGUGCAGACGCCACGUCCUACCUGAGAAGAACACCCUAAGAUCUGGCUUGGAUUGUUACCGAAUCAACUUGUAGGAUUGUAAAGGGGAGAGAAUUACAACACCGUACGUGUGGGACGAUCUGCAGAGAUCCGGACGGAGAGGGGGAUAACACCACCACCUGAAUCCAUAGUGAGAGCGAGAGAAUUCACCUCGUUUUUCCACCAUGGUCGAACCGUCCGACAGGCCCGCGUCCGCGGCCCAGCGCCUGGGGGCCCCAGACAGCUACGGGGUCUCCACCCUUGAGCCCAGCCUGCGGCCCCCCACCACCCAGCCCUCGGGGGGCCGCCAGGUACCCCUCAGGGUCCAGCUGCUGGACGACACCCAGGAGGUCUUCCAGAUAUCGCAACGGUCUCCGGGCAAGCUGCUGUUUGACCUGGUGGCCAACCACCUCAACCUGGUGGAGGGGGACUACUUUGGGCUGGAGUACCAGGAUCACCGCAAGAUGACCGUAUGGCUGGACCUGCUGAAGCCAAUCCUCAAACAGAUAAGGAGGCCUAAAAACACCAUCCUCCGCUUCGUGGUGAAGUUCUUCCCUCCUGACCACACCCAGCUCAUGGAGGAGCUGACAAGGUAUCUGUUUGCACUCCAGAUAAAGCAUGAUUUGGCGUGCGGUCGCCUCAUCUGCAACGACACCAGCGCAGCUCUCAUGGUGUCCCACAUCAUCCAAUCUGAGAUCGGGGACUUUGACGAGACCCAGAGCUGGCAGCACCUGCUGCACAACAAGUACCUGCCCGACCAGGACGCCCUCAGGGACAAGAUAACCGACUGCCACCGCAAGCAUGUCGGCCAGACGCCGGCUGAGUCGGACUACCAGCUGCUGGAGAUCGCCCGUCGCCUGGAGAUGUUCGGCAUCCGGCAACACCCGGCCAAGGACCGCGAGGGCACCAAGCUCAGCCUGGCGGUGGCCCACACCGGAGUGCUGGUGUUUCAGGGCUACACUAGGAUCAACGCCUUCAACUGGUCAAAGAUCCGCAAGCUGAGCUUCAAGCGCAAGAGGUUCCUCAUCAAGCUGCGGUCGGACCCCGCUCAGAGCAACCACCACGACACGCUGGAGUUCUCCAUGGCGAGCCGGGACUGCUGCAAGGUGUUCUGGAAGGUGUGUGUGGAGCACCACGCCUUCUUCAGGCUCUUCGAGGAGCCCAAGCCCAAACCCAAGCCCGUCCUCUUCACCCGCGGAUCCUCCUUCAGAUUCAGCGGUCGGACCCAGAAGCAGAUCAUUGAAUAUGUGAAGGACUCGGAGUUCAAGAAGAUCCCGUUUGAAAGAAAGCACAGUAAGAUCAUGUCCGGCCUGACCUCGUCCUUCCGUUCCCAAGUGACAACAGAGAGGGUCAUGUCCAUCCCCCUGGCGGACCAGACUGACACCUCCUCCUUCAGGGCGGACCACUGGGGCGACCCCAAUGGACCCCCAGACACGGCCGUCCCCAACGGCUUCCUGGAUGCCCCCGGCUCGGACCCGAUGGCACGCUCGCGACAGACCCGCCUCCAUGCGGCAGCGGUGGGCUCCGUUCCGGCGGGCGACCAGCACCUCCUCAACCCAGACGGUCCCGGUUCCCCGGACCUCCCGACCACCACGCCCUCUCCCCAGACCCCUGUCUCCCCCGACGACGGCAUGGUCACCGGGCAGACAGCCCUGACAGUUGCGGCUGCGGGGGUGGUGCCGCCCGUCGUACCCUUGACCACGGAGCUGUGCGUGAGUACGAGUCCCGUGGAUCCACUGCCCUCACCGCUUACCAGCCCCCUGCUGAUGGAGGCGGGCUACGUGCGCACGGACGACGAAGACGAGGCCAGGAGAAAGAAGUUCCCAACCGACAAAGCCUACUUCCUGGCCAAGGAGCUGCUGACCACCGAGCGCACCUACCUCAAAGACCUGCACGUCGUCACCACGUCGUUCCAGGAGGCAGUGGGGAAGGAGGAGGUGCUGCCGGAGAACGUGAGGAACCUCCUUGCCGCCAACUAUGAGCCGCUCCUCAAGUUCCACCAGGGCUUCCUCCGCGAGGUGGAGCAGCGGCUCGCUCAGUGGGAGGGUCGCUCCAAUGCCCACAUUAAGGGAGACUACCAGAGGGUUGGAGACAUUCUCCUCAAGAACAUCCAGGGUCUGAAGCAGUUGACGGUUCAACUCCAGAAGCACCCUGAGUGUCUGGUAGAGCUGGAGAGGGCCUGCAGGUCGAAUUGUCGCCUGGAGGCUGUGUGUGGGGACUUUGAAUUGCAGAAGGCCUGCUACCUGCCCCUCAACGUCUUCCUGCUGCGCCCGCUGCACCGCCUGCUGCACUACAAGCUGCUGCUGGAGCGCCUCUGCAAGCACUACCCCCCUACCCACCAGGACUUCAGGGACUCCCGCGCCGCCCUGGCUGAUAUCUCUGAGAUGGUGCUCCAGCUGCAGGGGACAAUGAUGAAGAUGGAGAACUUCCAGAAGCUUCUGGAGCUCAGGAAGGACCUCACGGGCAUCGACAACCUGGCCAUCCCCGGACGGGAGUUCAUCAGGCUGGGAUGUCUCAGCAAGCUCUCGGGAAAAGGUCUCCAGCAGAGGAUGUUCUUCCUGUUCAGCGACUGUUUGGUGUACACCAGCCGUGGGAUGACCAAAGCCAACCAGUUCAAAGUUCACGGACAGCUGCCUCUCUACGGCAUGACGGUCAGAGAGAGUGAGGACGAGUGGAGGGUCCCUCACUCCUUCACCCUCUUUGGAGAGCGCCAGCCUGUGGUCGUAGCAGCGAGCUCGGCAGCGGAGAUGGAGCGCUGGCUGGAAGACAUCAGGAUGGCAGUGGACCUCGCCGAGCAGACCAGCGACCCCCAGUCUGACCUGCUAUCCUCCAGCCUCACCGACAAGCUCCAGGACGACGGCAUCGGGGAGCAGGAGUCUGAGGAGGAGCUGGCGGGAUCGCGCUCCUCCCUGGAGCGCCCGGGUCACCGUGGCAACACCACCGUACACGUGUGCUGGCACCGCAACACCAGCGUGUCCAUGGUGGACUUCAGCGUCGCCGUGGAGAACCAGCUUUCAGGCAACCUGCUGAGGAAGUUCAAGAACAGCAACGGCUGGCAGAAGCUCUGGGUGGUCUUCACCAGCUUCAGUCUCUUCUUCUACAAGUCCCACCUGGAUGACUACCCCCUGGCCAGCCUCCCGCUGCUGGGCUACUCUGUGACGGUGCCCGCCGAGGCGGAGAACAUCCACAAGGACUACGUGUUCAAGCUGCACUUCAAGUCCCACGUGUACUACUUCAGAUCAGAGAGCGAGUACGCCUUCGAGAGGUGGAUGGAGGUGAUCCGCAGCGCCACCUACUCUGCCAGCCGCACCCUGACCGCCAGCCGGAAGGACUUGUACUGACCCCGCCUUCUCUCUCCAUCUCUCUGUCUCUCUCUCCUUCCACCUCUCUCUCUGUCUCUCUCUCAUUCCACCCCUCUCUACCGUCCACACCGCUUGUUUUAAGGAACUUGUGUAUGUUUUUGCGGCUGCUAAAGCAGUCCCCUCUGGUGACGCAGAGACUAGGGAGCAGGAUAUCACCCCCACCUCCCCCACCACCACCACCUUUCUCCUCUUUGUCUUAGAAACAUUGUUUUGAGUCCAAUGGGGCUAAUUUUCUAUGUGUCCAAUGUCAAUCUCUAUCUAAAUUGUAGUUGUGCAACACAUGAAAUCUCAAGCCGCUGCGUUGUUUUUUAUAUUUGAAUUGCACCGUCUCCCCUGCGGGUGGCAGCACUGUGACAAGAUUGUCGUUGUCACAUGGUCUUCCCCGAGUGCCCGCCAUUUCUGACAUUGAUGUCUCCUAACUGCUGUACCCGAGGGCUUCCAUGUAGCUCACCGGGAAUGAAGACGGUUUUGUAAGGUUUAUUUUCAUUUUUCUCGUACUUUACUUGGUAUUUUCAUGACCUAAGAAAAGUUAAAGUAUUUUUGUACCGAUCAUGUGGAGGGGGGGGGAUAUUGUCACACUAUCCAAAGACAAAGUUAGCGGUUUUACAAACAGGAUGACAUGUUGAGACGUUAGCAUUAGCUUAUGUUUGAUUGUACAGUGUCAAACUUGUAGCGAAACGGUACAAUGCAAACAUCGGGUCGCUUAUCCCAUCUAUAUAUAUAUAUAUAUAUCAAACUAAAGCAAUGAUUAUUUUUUAAUUUUCAGCACAAUUGCGGUAAAAUGUUCUAGCCAAUUCAUUCACCUGUCGCAAUGCUAGAAAAAACAUAUUUAAGUGCGAAACCCUGCACAGUACUCUGUAGUACUAAAGUAGUCGCAGAAACACGGCAUGUUGUACAUUUUCUACCGUCUCGUCACGCCGUGUUUCUGGUACUUUUGCAAUAUUUCAUGCCAAAACUUGUUCCUGGUAGAAAUAUGAAGAUGUAAAUAUGGCCUAAAUGAAAAAUAAAACACCUAGAAUCAGAUUAUCAGGAAUACUGUGUGCAUGUAAAACACAUACAUAGUAUUUUGUUUCAAUGACAAUCCAUGUUUGAACAUUGAGUAAAUGUGUACCAGUUUUUGGGCGUACAUUUGACAAGCUUUUUAAUAAUUUUUUUGUCGGACAGCUGUUUCAUAUGUUGUUCUUCAUACAGCGAUGUUGUGCGAUACUUUUAUACACUGUGAAAUCGUCUAUCUCGGGUUCUAUCUUUUAUCUGGAUGUACUUUAUCUCGACUGCACUUUGUGUGUAUUCGGUCUUGAUUUUUGUUGUUUCUUCUUUAGAGGGCAAAAACGUUUUUCACCACACAAAAUCCUUAAGGUGCCGUCAGAGAUUCCAGUGUUCCUCUGUGCCAAAUGUCGACUCAUCGCUCGAGUGUCUGGAUCCCUGUUUCAAAUACAUAUGUAGAAAAAAUUAAACCGUACCACAGAUUAAAGAGAUAUCAUGCCUCACCUGUUAUAUUACUUAAUCUUUACUUACAACUGUACUCGUACUGGACUCUGGUUCUUCCACUUCCACAUCAAUCUGAAGUAGACUGAACUGCGACAUGGAGGAGAAAGAGAUUGUUGCCUGCGUUUGUGAACCGCGAUUGUCUUCCGCCGGAGCCCCGCUGACCGCGCUGAGGCACCACUGCCUCGGCAGCCUCGAGGCUGCCCGUUUUCUACAAGUAAUUAUCAUAGAAGUCAGUCAAUCUAUCCGAUCAGGGACGGACUGGCCAUCGGGCAUACCGGGCAUUUUCCCGGUGGGCCGACAGUCCCAACACUUUUUUUUUAAUUUAUAUAUUGGUCUGACCGGCCCAUAAAACCAGUUGAACAGCGGCCCGAUUGACACUGGGCAGGCCCAAUCACAAUCAGCACAGGGGUUUCCUAACCAAUGGGCAUCGGCCCUGACGCACGCUAGUCUUCGUAGAUUGGUGUUACUCAAACCGCUAGCCAUAACCAACUCUACAGAUAAUGUCGAAAUCGACAUGCUUGAUUAUAUACCCGUGACUUUAGGUAUACUAUUUGAUCAUGGUGGGAGUUAAAUUUCAGUAAAAGAAAAUAUGUGAGAUGAAAUUCCUAAAGCAAUCUUGAAAAGGAAUAAAUUUGACUUAUUUUUUUUUAUCCAUGUUCUUGCUUUUCGAAUUUUAUCAAAUAAAUUCAUGAUAUGAUACCCAACUCAACUGGAGGCCGGUCCCAAGCCUGGAUUAAUGGGGAGGGUUGGCAUCAGGUAUUAAACUCUAAUGAGAUGAGCCUAUGUGUACCUGAAAAUUAGAAAGAAUACUGAUGAUGAAUUUAAUGUAGGCCUACAGUGUUGUACUCUUCUCUUCUCACUGGCAUAGGCCCAGUGUGUGUGUGUGUGUGUGUGUUGGGGGGGAGCUUGACCCAUUUCUACCCCAGGGCUCUUGUAAAGUUGUUCCGCCACUGAUGGGUACACUUUCUGGAAGUAUUUAAUGUUUCCACUCUCACUGAUUCCCGUUAACUCAUUGCAUGGCUUAAGGUACGUGGUUUUAAAGAGUUGCACAGUUGGUAUACACAUUCGAAAAAACGAAAAGGUGUGCGUUAUCGAUUGUGUUGGGCCGGUCUGGUCCAAAAUUCCCGGGCUGAUUUUUUUUGUCCCAGUCCGCUGCUGGAUCCGAUAGCCUACAUGAUUUCGCCGGCCUUUUUUGAGAAUGUUGCGGCUUAAAAUGCCUGAUGUUGCGUGAGCUUUUCCAAAAUGUUGCAAUGAAAGUUGCGGUGUUUUUUAGGUUUUUGUUGCGAUGACAGUGCGAGAGGAAGUGAAAGUUGUGAUUUUCCUGAUGUUAAUUAUUAAGCUAUUACUGCAAUUUUCCCCGACUAAUUUGUUAAAUAUUAAGUUAUUACUGAAAAAAACAUUAAUUAAAAGGACAAAAACACUGAGAAAUGGUCAUAUAAAUAAUUGAUUCUUGAUUCUUUCCUCGCUGGCAAUUGAUGUGGAUGCAACAGCCUGUGUCAUGGUGAUCUGCCUCGUCGUCUGAUGUCCUGCCUGCAGUUCUGCAGUUCUGUUUCACGGUGGCAAAAUGCUUAUCAAUGGAAGAUUUAUGCUUAUGUUCCACCAUAAUGUUGCAUGCAGUGCAAAACAAUUUUCCCCCGCUUUCAUGUAGAAUACCAAUAUACUGCUUUUCGCGAUCUUUCGCAGUUAUUUUGGUCAGCAAGUGUGAGACGUUUGACGCGCACAUACUCCAUGAAUGCUUGAAUCACUUGAACACGGAAGUAUAGCGGAAGGUAGUUUGUCGACGUCAGUUCAAGACGACGACACUGAUUGGUCAAAUUUGCGGGAAAGUUGCGCUAGUUGGUUAAAAUUGUGACCCCGCCCUGAAUUCGCAGUAAUUGGUUGAAGUUGCGAAUCGAGAAAUCCUGGAGUCUCUGAUAAAGGUCAGACAUUCUGCUCAAGGUGCACCUACAGCUAGGCUGCAGACACAGAAACCAAGGACAUUUCAGCUCACUAGGCUGUCCUGCACCCGUUUUCUACCCGAGGGUUAGGGAGCACAGCGUCUGGUGGGAGGUCAAGGCAUCCCCUCUGGAGAGGUUACCCCACGAUCGGACCUCCAUCUGUGCUCAUUCUGGGCACCGAUGUCAACAUACAAGACCCCUUCCGCUAUGGCCACAGACAAGCUAUACAAACAAUAGCUGUGUUCGAAAUCGUACUUAUUCACUCACUCACUAUUCCAUAUAGUGUUCAUGAUAUAGUGCACUAUAUAGGGAACGAACCAACGAGAAUUCGCGACGGGUAUUUGUGUGACGCAGACAGAUGCGCCCACAUCAUGUAAACAAACCGGGCACUCACGGGGAAAGCUGGAGGUUGUAUUGUUGUUGAAUGUUACAUUUCCUUGAUCACGUGGAGUCUCCUGGCAUACUCUCUCCCCGGAGGAACAGCAGGGGUGUCAGGGGGCUUGCCAAAGGCCACCUCCACUGGCGUCUGUAGCUCCUGCCCCAACAUGAGGAGGGCAGGCAUGAAUGAGGUGAACUCCUGAACAGCGGACCUGUAGGCCAUUAGGACGAAGGGCAGAUGCGUGUCCCAGUCCCGUUGAUGUUCCGCUCUGAGGAUUGCCAGCUGCUUUCCCAGGGUCCAAUUUGGGUCCUCUCGACGAGGCCGUCGCUCUGGGGGUGCAGGGCUGUGCUCCGGGUCUUAUGCAUGCCCGUGCACUCACACAUGGAGGCGAAGACCCACGACUCAAAGUUCCUCCCUUGGUCACUAUGGAUGGUUUCUGCCACCCCGAACCUGCUGAACAUGCCCUCUACCAGAGCGUCAACCACCGUCUCUGCUUCCUUAUCUGGUAUUGCGUACGCCUCAGGCCAUUUUGUAAAAUAGUCCAU